AUGGGGGACUGCGUCGUCGAGGACGGCCACGGGCACCACCACUCGGAGGCGGUGGAGGGCGCAGCGAUGGAGGGCGCGGUUCCGUUGAAGGUAGCCGUAGAGCUCGAUGAGCGGGCGGGAGAGUCGCGGGAGGAGGGUGGCGGGCAGCGGAAGAAAGUGGGCGGGAUCCGAAGGGAGCCGUCGUUCUCGCGGUGGUGCAGGGACCCCUCUGUCGCCGCCGCCUCCAAUACCGCAGCUGCUGCGGCGACCAGCGACAGCGACGACUCAGAGGAGUUCGAGCUGCCGCUCCUGUCAUCCUCCUCGGGCGGCGGCAGCUCACCGAUGGACAUUGAGGCGGGGGCGACGGCGAGAUCUGAUGAUCUGCCGAUCUCGCCGAGGUUGCUUGCGAAGGUCAUCGGGUUGAUAGCGUGCUGGUACACGCUCAGCACAUGCUUGACGCUGUACAACAAGGAGAUGCUGGGGAAGCACAUGUGGAAAUUCCCGGCGCCAUUCCUGAUGAACACAGUGCAUUUCACGUUGCAGGCUGUGGCGUCCAGGGCCAUCGUGUGGUUCCAGCAACGCGGCCUGGAGGGAGGGCCAAUUAAAAUGUCGUGGAAGGAUUACUGUUUACGAGUUGUCCCAACAGCUUUGGCUACUGCUCUUGAUAUAAAUCUGAGCAACAUUUCACUUGUUUUCAUUACUGUGACAUUUGCUACAAUGUGCAAAUCUGCUUCUCCAAUUUUCAUUCUUCUGUUUGCUUUUAUGUUCAGGCUUGAGAAACCGAGCUUUAGCCUUCUUGGAAUCAUGCUGGUUAUUUCAUUUGGAGUUCUACUAACAGUUGCUAAAGAGACAGAAUUUAAUCUGUGGGGAUUUAUAUUUAUUAUGCUUGCUGCUGUUAUGUCUGGUUUCCGCUGGUCCAUGACUCAGAUUCUUCUCCAGAAGGAGGAAUACGGAUUAAAGAAUCCUUUUACUUUGAUGAGCCAUGUUACCCCGGUAAUGGCAAUAGUAACAGCAAUUAUUUCCAUUGUGAUGGAUCCAUGGCACGACUUCAGAGCAAGCCACUUUUUUGAUAGUUCUGCUCACAUAAUAAGAAGCAGCUUGUUGCUGCUUCUAGGUGGCGCUUUGGCCUUUUUCAUGGUUUUGACAGAAUAUGUCCUUGUUUCUAUGACUAGUGCUGUAACAGUGACUGUAGCAGGAAUUGUGAAGGAAGCUGUCACUAUUCUGGUUGCUGUGCUAUUCUUUCAUGAUCCAUUUACAUGGUUAAAGGCGCUUGGGUUGGCAAUAAUAAUAUUUGGUGUCAGUCUAUUUAAUAUUUACAAGUAUAAAAGGUUCAAAAAAGGGCAUCACAAUGAAGAUACUGGGACAAAUAUCCAAUCUUCUAAUGGGACUUCAAAAUACGUUAUCCUUGACGAUGAUACUGAAGCUCAAGAUGAUACAGGCUGA